GCCUUGAUCCUGCCGCCACGCCCGCUUACGCUGUGGACGGGCCGUAACGUUUGCUGCUUGCAUUGCCAAUGUCUGAGAGAACUCCGGUAGUGGCAUACGCUCAACAUAUCACCAGUUGCACUCUCGAUACUGAGCCACAGAUAGGUUUUUCAAGUCUGAAGCAGCCCCCGCGCUUUGGUCUGUCACGGACCUAUCUUCGAAGUACAAUACCAACACCUUCACCGCACGAUUUCCAAAGCUUUUGUGUCCAAGAUGGCCGCUGGUACAAUAACGACGUUCGACACGCAGCACGAGGACCUCAUCCACGAUGCACAACUGGACUACUACGGCAAACGCCUGGCGACGUGCUCUUCGGAUCGUACUAUUAAGAUAUACGAGGUCGAUGGCGAAAACCAUCGCCUGAUCGACACUUUGAGAGGGCAUGACGGACCCGUAUGGCAAAUAGCAUGGGCGCAUCCCAAGUUCGGCAAUGUCCUGGCAUCGUGCUCAUAUGAUGCAAAGGUGGCGGUUUGGAAGGAGACGAACGGCGUCUGGUCUCGAGUGUGGGAGCACAUCACGCAUACGGCCUCUGUAAAUUCCCUCGCAUGGGCACCUCACGAAUUUGGCCUUGUACUCACUGCUGCGUCUUCUGAUGGGAAAGUCUCCCUUUCUACUUGCAAAGAGGACGGAUCGUGGGACACCAUUUCCUUCCAAGCACACUCCAUCGGUUGUAACGCCGUCACCUGGGCCCCAUCCACCAGCCCCAGUUCGUUAAUACAGGUAUCCGGCUCCGCACCACCCAACCUCGUCAAACGCUUCGCUACCGCCGGCUGCGACAACCUCAUCAAAAUCUGGCGUGAAGACACCACCUCACCGACCCUCUGGAGCGAAGAAACCGUUCUGGAAGCCCACACCGACUGGGUCCGCGAUAUCGCUUUCGCACCCAACAUCGGCCUACCCACGACAUACCUCGCGUCCUGCUCACAGGACAAGACGGUGGUGAUCUGGACGCAGGAUCCACAAGGCGCUGGGUGGAGCAAAAAGCUGUUGAAGCGUGAGCCGUUCCCGGAUGUGGUUUGGAGGGUGAGCUGGAGCACCAGCGGGAACAUUUUGGCGGUCAGCUGUGGUGAUAAUAAGGUCACUCUGUGGAAGGAGAAUCUGGAGGGCGAAUGGGCGGUCAUUGGUGGUGAGGGAGGAGAUGCUGCUGCCAAUACACCCGUUGCCGGGCAAUGAAUCGCACGCAAACCAACUGGAGUUUGUUAAGCGUUUAGAUUUCGAUAACCGUCAAUAUAUAGCUACUUGCACGGCUUAUGUCCUACUGUACAAGCAUCGACAUGCGAAGCAGAAACCUAAUUGUCGGGCC